AUGCCACGAAUUCGUUGGGAUGUACAGCUAAUGAUAGCUGUCAGCCUCAUUUCAUCUGUGACCUCCUUUAACACAAAAGAGGUUUACAUGGAUUCCAUAUCAACAUGUAAUUCAAAACACACCAUAUAUGACUUUGAUAUCGUGGUUGGGGCCCACCAGUCUGUUUCGUCAUCCAACCCUCCAACUUCCUGUCAGGUGAUCAUAGAGGCAGGAUAUACUGAUACAUAUUUUAUGCUGGAGAUCAUACAAGAAUCCAUCUCUAUAGCUGACUGUGGAUUUGUACUCAACAUCUAUAAUGGAGAGGGUACAAGUGGUGUUCCAUUGAAAAGUUUGUCAUGUGGGUCAAAGAGUACAGGUGUUUUGUAUACAAAAGGUAGAAUAGCUACGUUUUACCUUCGCCAGCCCAGGGAUGUCUUCCAACCAACUAAUGACUUCAGUCUCAGAAUCAAGGCCUUUCGAGAUCCGAAUGCCCCAGAAGUUGUUGAGGGAAUAUCCCAUCUGCCAGUAGGAGCCAUUGUUGGUAUUGUUCUAGCACUAGUAUUACUGAUCGCCUUCAUCAUUCUACUUUGUUGGUGUUUUAAGAAAGGUAAACUGCCUGGAAUGGAUGGUAGGCCAUACAAACCUCGUCCCAAGGCUAGGCCGAAGGAACGGUCCGAGUCGGGGACAGUCAACUCGGGAUUUAGUGAGAAAAAGGUGUCAAUGGAUCCGUCUCAUAAUAAUAAGUUUAAUCUGAACAACCAGGACUUGUGGGACACCAUGACAAAUGCAUCCCAGAGUUCAAUGGCGUCCCUUACCACUGGCCAGCCUACUGGUAAACACUAUGAUAAGAAUAGCUUUUCAAGGGAUGGAACCAAUGCCGCGGGAAGGGCUAAACGGGGACAAUAUAGUGUAACUAAUGAUUCUGCUGUAUUGGCAGGGAACUUAGCAAAGAGUGCCAAUAAUGGAGCUAUAGCAAGCAGUCAGGACACAGACAUAGAUCAGAUGUAUGAAAACUAUUCUGCACCAGCAGCUAGUAGUACAGUGAACAGGCCUAGUCGACAAAGGAAACCACAGGAACACAAUGAAAUAGAGACAAAUGGUCAAAAGUCAGGUGUGUUGGAACAUGAUGAUGAGAAGAGAGAAGCAGAAGAGAAGCCAACUGGCAUGCUAGCUGAGCUACAGAGGGAGCUCAGUAAGAGGAAGAGCAUGAGAGAAGGCAAGCAGACUGAGAUAAAAGACACAGCCCCAGGUGGACCAUCAGCCAAGGCUCUUCUCCCAGAGGAGAUGGACUCUUUAAAUGAUACAAAAUUAAUGUCUUUAGAUCAGCAGAGCGAGCCUCUGAAGUCAGAGAAGAUGUCUAACCCAAUGUUAAAUAGUUCUAAUCCUGCCAUUCGUGCUUCUGUCAGUGAACUGCGUCCAAAGACAGAGGAAUCUCCAAGAACAAAGAAAAAGAAGAAGAGGAGAAAGAAGUCUAUCAAUGACUCAGGUCCUCGGAGGCACAGGAAUGCUCCCGACACAGGUGAUGAAUAUGAACCAGAGCCCCAGACUGGAUAUACCACAGAAGAACCCAUGGAGCCACUCUCCAACGUUCCAUUGUCGUCUUUACCUUUGCCUCCAGAGGCACUAGCACCAGUAUUUGCAACAGAUACAUCCACACAACCUCAUUUUUACUCUCAACCAGACCAGUACGGCUACCAGCCUCAAGUAGCAGACCAGUAUGGACAGCCACAGAUCAUAGGCUAUGAUGGCUAUGGGAAUGCAGUGUAUGGCUACAAUAACCAGGCCCCUGGGAGUAUGGGUGGGAAUCCGUUUGGACAGACUGCCCAGCCUACAUACUACAUGCAGCCUGAUGGUCAGGUGGUAAUGAUUCCACCACCUGGUAUGGAAAAUCAGCCCUACAACCAAGGUCUACAGAUAACAGACUUGGGGUCCCCAGGAGCACCUGGAUACACAUCUACGCCAUCGAUCUAUGAUCCGAAUUCCCGUCACCGCAGUCCCAAACACGGACGCAAGUCUAAACCUACGGGUACUAUGGCAACAGUACCUGGGGGUCCAACAGGGACAGUUCUAGAUGAUCCCAACCUUCCUCCCCCAGGGACUACCAUGAUGAGAUCAGGUGUUGACCCUGAAAGUGGAGCACAGGUCAACCAGGUAGUCUGGAGUGAUGUCAAUCGUGACCCAACUGAUCCUGUUGGUGUGGACAAUCCCCAGAUCACAAGGAAAACCAUGGUGAGGGUCACCACAAAGGCUAACGAAGGUGGAGAUGUACCAGAUGCUCCUAGCCCAGCAUUGCAGCAAAUGUCAUUCAACGCAGCUCAGCAGCUCAAGAGUGGUGCCGAGCCAGCCUUCAUGUCCCCCUCAAAGAGCCAAGUCCAGGGAGGAGCCUUGCCUUACAUGACUCCAGCUCCAAUAUUUGCUUCACAGACCCCUGAGCGAGAAAAUACAGGCUUUUACACUGGUGCAAAGCCUGGAAUCCAGGACACUCCUCAAGUGCCUCCCUCAGGACCUGGAGGCCCGCGGGUACAUAAUGCUCCCCGUGCCAACAAUGCUUUCAGGAACAAGAUCACACUAUCCAUGGAGGACGAGUCCACAAUCUGA